GCCGCCAUGAGUCGGAACUAUAACGAUGAGCUGCAGUUCUUGGAAAAGAUCAAUAAGAACUGCUGGCGAAUCAAGAAGGGCUUCGUGCCCAACAUGCAGGUUGAAGGAGUUUUUUAUGUAAAUGAUUCUCUGGAAAAAUUAAUGUUUGAGGAAUUAAGGAAUGCUUGCCGAGGUGGUGGUGUUGGUGGCUUCCUGCCUGCUAUGAAACAAAUAGGCAACGUAGCAGCCCUGCCUGGGAUUGUUCAUAGAUCUAUUGGGCUUCCUGAUGUCCAUUCAGGUUAUGGGUUUGCUAUUGGCAAUAUGGCAGCCUUUGAUAUGAAUGACCCUCAAGCAGUUGUAUCCCCAGGUGGUGUCGGGUUUGAUAUCAACUGUGGUGUCCGCUUGCUGAGAACCAAUUUAGAUGAGGGUGAUGUUCAGCCUGUGAAGGAGCAACUUGCCCAGGCAAUGUUUGAUCAUAUUCCUGUUGGCGUGGGAUCCAAAGGUGUCAUCCCAAUGAAUGCCAAAGACUUGGAGGAAGCCUUAGAAAUGGGUGUAGAUUGGUCCCUAAGAGAAGGCUAUGCCUGGGCUGAGGACAAAGAGCACUGUGAGGAGUACGGGAGAAUGCUGCAAGCAGACCCCAACAAGGUCUCUGCCAGAGCCAAGAAAAGAGGCCUGCCUCAGUUGGGGACCCUUGGAGCAGGCAACCACUAUGCAGAAAUCCAGGUUGUAGAUGAAAUUUUCAAUGAAUAUGCUGCCAAAAAAAUGGGGAUCGACCAUAAGGGGCAGGUGUGUGUGAUGAUACACAGUGGAAGCAGAGGCCUGGGCCACCAGGUAGCAACAGAUGCCUUAGUGGCUAUGGAAAAAGCCAUGAAGAGAGACAAGAUCAUAGUCAAUGACCGUCAGUUGGCCUGUGCCCGGAUCUCCUCCCCAGAGGGUCAGGAUUAUCUGAAGGGAAUGGCAGCAGCCGGAAACUACGCCUGGGUCAACCGUUCUUCUAUGACCUUCCUAACCCGCCAGGCUUUCGCCAAAGUCUUCAACACAACCCCUGAUGACUUGGACCUGCAUGUGAUCUAUGAUGUUUCUCACAACAUUGCCAAAGUGGAGCAGCACGUGGUGGACGGAAAGGAGCGGACACUGUUGGUGCACAGGAAGGGGUCCACCCGUGCUUUCCCUCCUCACCAUCCUCUCAUCGCUGUUGAUUACCAACUCACAGGACAGCCAGUGCUUAUUGGUGGCACCAUGGGAACCUGUAGUUACGUUCUUACUGGCACUGAGCAGGGCAUGACUGAGACCUUCGGAACAACCUGCCAUGGAGCGGGUCGUGCAUUGUCCCGAGCAAAAUCUCGACGUAAUUUAGAUUUUCAGGAUGUCUUAGAUAAAUUGGCAGAUAUGGGAAUUGCCAUCCGUGUUGCUUCGCCCAAACUGGUUAUGGAAGAGGCUCCUGAAUCCUAUAAGAAUGUGACGGAUGUGGUGAAUACCUGUCAUGAUGCUGGGAUCAGCAAGAAGGCCAUUAAACUGAGACCAAUUGCUGUGAUCAAAGGUUAGAGGAACCUGACCAGAGGUCAAACACUACCAAUCCUCACUUCUCAACAUGGACUGACUCGCUCUUCAGAAAUGACUGCUGCCUGGCGCACACCUACAACUAACUGCCUGUUCUGAAUCGGUUGAUGGGAGGUUGCUGUUUUCUGACACAGAGGCUGGAAACUCACCUACGUGCAGGAGCUGCACUGUCCUAUUUGGAAAAGGGUAUUUAGGCCCCUUCCCCGAGGGCCACACUGAUCUUUAGGAAAAUCGGUUAGGAGGUGGUAAUAGAUCAAGAUAUUGCCUUACUAGUUCUUAUGAGUCUUUAAUCAUCAGAAUGAACUUCUGUACACCAAGCUCUGUCUAUAUCCUGAGAGGUGUCAUGAAGAACAUUCUAUUAAAUAAGGUUUAGAAUGUUUUCUUUCUUCCACCUUUGUUCAUUCCUUCCCCUGACUGGCUCUUGGCCCUGCACUAACAAGACAAUAAGUACCCUGUUUACUUGGAGAUCCCCUUCCUGUCCCCCAAUGAAUCAGAAUAAGGUUUUAGAUGAGUAGAUGAAGCUGAGACACCCAGUAGAGGAUAUGGGAGUAGAGAAAGAAUUGUCCUUACAUUUGCUACCUUCUAUUCUAAGUACAUGGCAGAGUACUUAGCUUCAAAAUGUCAGCUACCAUUAAUCAACCUAUUCUGUCAAAUUUACUAAAUAAAGACCAUCACAGAUGCAGAGAACUCUCAACAAUCCUGAAUAUCAGUACAUUUGUGACCAAAUUAUUAAAUAAGCACAGCUGUGAUGAGAACAGUUGCUCUCUCUGUCAGGUUGCUUAGUCUUGUGCCAUUGAAUCAGAUUUCAUGGUAGGGGCUGUGAUCUCAAAGAUGACAGUUACAGGGGCCAGAGAGAUAGUCCAGCAGUUAGAGCCCUUCCCUUGCACAUGAUCAGCCUGGGUUUGAUCCCUGGGACUCCAUCCACUAGUGCAGAGCCAAGAGUUAAGCCAUGAGCCCAGACUGGCAUGGCCCAAUAACAGAAAAAAAAAUUUUUUACAAGUUACAAAUACUUUAGUUGCAUCCAGCCAGUAAAAUAAAAAUUCUAACAAAA